AUGACCGAUAUAGAUUUAAGAGAAAACUUUCUGAGGUAAUACAAAUUUAUCUCUAUGUUCAUAUGUUAUCCAAUUAAAACUGUCAUAAGAUUUUAAUAAAAGCAUGGAACAAUUUUUUAAGAUUCAUUAAAUAUAGUUUAUAAAGAAGGAGGGCUUAAAAGAUUUUAUAGUGGUAAUUUAGUAUGAUUUUCAAAGGAUUCUUUUAUAGGUAUAUUAGUAAAAGUGCAGAGUUUGUAGUACUUUUGAAAGCAUUGAAUUCAUGGUCCGACAUUACAAAUAAUAAUGUAAAUCCAAUAAAUUUAAUACUAUCAUUCAUGAUGGGAAUUAUGAUACAAUUUACAUUUUUGCCAUUUAAUUCUCUAUACUACUUUUAAUAAGUUUAUGGGUAUCGUGAUGGAAAAGAACUCUUGCUUUAUAAAGUAAAAUCAAAUGGUACAUCAAGCAUUUAUCAUGGAUUUUGGUCUUUUUUAGCAGGAAGUUGGUUUGGUAGUAUAAUAGCAUUUCCAGCCUUGUAAAAUUAUUAAAAAUAUAAUAAUUAAAAAGAGGAUAAAAAAAAUGAAUAUAGUCUAUUUUAUUUGUAUUCUGCUUUUUUAACUGCUGAAGUAAUCUCGAACCCAUUCAAAAUAUUGGCUAUUUAAAAAUUAACUAGCAUAGAAUGCAAAUCGUAUGGAUAAAUUUAUAAUUAAUUGUUAAAAGAGCAGGGCUAUCAAUGGAUUUUUCGAUCUAUAGAUACUAAGCUAUAUUAUUCACUUUUAAAAUCUUUAUUUAUUGUGUAUGGCUAUGAUUAUAAGAAACUUUCAAGAGAAAUUUGA